AUGGGCCUUCCCACCGUAGCCGCUGCCGUUGCGGGUGGCCUCGCUGCCGCCGCCUACCUCGACGCCAAAUUCCUCAUCCGCCAUGACCUCAGUUCAGGCUCUUUGGCACACAACCAGAAGGAAGCUGUGGCCUUUAUGACCGAGAGGUACCAGCAGAAUCGGAUGCUCAUAUACCACAUCUUUGAAGAGCAUGCCACCGGCAAGAACGCAGACAACACAUUUCUCAUCUUCGAGAACCGAUCAUGGACCUACAAGCAAUUCUUCAAUGAUGUGCACAAAGUUGCCAACUGGCUGUCAAAAGAUUUGGAUGUCAAACCUCAAGAAAUUGUUGCCUUGGACGGUGGGAACAGUCCGGAAUAUCUGAUGCUGUGGUUUGCUUUGGAGGGGCUUCGUGCCUGUCCCGCCUUCAUCAAUUGCAAUCUGACCUCUGGCCCGCUUACACACUGUGUUAAGCUGUGCGACGCCCGGAUUCUGAUCGCCGACCGGGCAACACAAGAUCUAGUACAGCCAUGUGCUAGUGAUCUACAAGCCUCGGGCGUACAAAUAGUCUAUUUCGACGAGGCCUUCAUCUCUUCUCUUACCGACACCACUCCGAUACCCAAAUCCCUUCACCAAGGAAUUGCACCUACCGAUCUAGGCGGUCUCAUCUACACUUCGGGCACAACGGGUAUGCCUAAAGGCGUGGUUAUGCUCCGCGGCCGCGAACUCAACACCGCUCGCAGCAUCGCUACGUAUCUUAGACUCAAACCCCACAACCGCAUGUAUACCUGCCUGCCACUCUAUCACGGCGCCGCACACGGUCUGUGCCUUACACCCUGUAUCUUUGCCGGAUCCUCGGUUGUUCUCAGCCGCAAAUUCUCACACAAGACAUUCUGGCCGGAAGUCCGUGCCUCCAAUGCUGAUAUUCUUCAGUAUGUGGGUGAACUCUGCCGGUACCUCAUCAACGCGCCGCCCAGUCCGCUGGACAAACAACACAAUGUGAAAAAGGCAUGGGGCAAUGGUAUGCGUCCGGACGUAUGGGAAACCUUCCGGCAACGCUUCGGGAUCGACACCAUCAACGAGCUCUACGCAGCCACGGAUGGCUUGGGCGCCUCCUUUAAUGCGAACAGGGGCGAAUUUGGCAGAAACGCAAUUGCUAUACGUGGAUUAUACUGGAACUUCGCCAAUGACGCUAAUGAAAAGAGGAUCAAGAUUGACAUCGACACCGAGGAGAUCGUGCGUGACAAGAACGGUUUCGCGAUCGUCUGUAAGGACGGAGAGCCUGGUGAAGUCGUGCACAAGAUGGAUCCAGCCACUGCGUCUACAGUGUUUGCAGGAUACUACAAGAACAAGUCCGCCACUGACAAACGAAUGAUCCGAGAUCUAUUCAAAAAAGGAGAUCUCUGGUUCCGCAGUGGUGACAUGAUGCGCCAAGAUCCCGAUGGGUGCGUAUACUUCGUCGACCGCCUGGGUGACACCUUCCGCUGGCGCAGCGAAAACGUGUCGACCAACGAAGUCUCGGACGUGCUGGGCAAGUUCCCCCAAAUAGCCGAAGCAAAUGUGUACGGCGUGCAGGUACCCCACGCCGAUGGCCGCGCAGGGUGCGCCGCGAUCGUGCCCAUCUCGUCAAUCACCUCGCCCGACCAGCUGGACCUGGCAGGCCUGGCGCAACACCUGCUCUCGACGCUGCCGCGGUACGCCGUGCCAAUCUUUUUGCGGGCGGUGCCGCAGCUGGAGUAUACGGGGACGAUGAAGCUGCAGAAGGGCCGGCUGCGCGCCGAGGGCGUGGAUCUGGACAAGAUCGAGGCCUCUCGGCCGGAAGACCGCAUGUUUUGGCUCCCUCCCGGCGGCACCAAGUACGAGCCCUAUGGCCGAAAAGAGUGGGAAGAUCUGAAAGCCGGUAAGGUAAAGCUGUAG